CCAACCCAAAUCAUAUCAACAAAUAUAAAAACCAAACCUAAAAAAUAAAAAACUAUUGAAUAUUCCGGGCAAACAUCUCUAGUGUCUAUUUGAACACAACUAAUGUAUUGUUUGUAAACAUUGUAUUUAUAUUUGAGUUAUUUUUUUCAAAAAAAAAGUAUUCAAUAAAUAAAUAAAUAAAACAUUAGUUUAUUAUUAUUAUUAUUAUCGGGUUAUUGACUGAACCAAUCAAUCCAUGGAUUCGGACACCGAUUACGAUGAAGAAGACGAGGAUCAGUGGUCAGAAGCACGGGAAACAUUGGACAUCAGAGGAGGAGGAGUUGCCGUCGAUGACGAGGACAACAACAACGACGGCAGCGGCGCCGCUGAAGAGGACAAAGAUGACGACCAGACCGAUGUCGAAGAGGCCGACGACGACAACGACGAUGACGACGAACCGAUGGACGUCCAAAACAAAGACCAAACCCUCGAUGACUGUCUUCGACAGUUUGCCGCCGAAGACUAUAUAAUGGAACCGGGAAUCAAAGAGUCGCUGAUCCAGUAUUUCCAAUCGGGCGGUACACCCGAACAAGUUGUCGAACUACUAUCGGAUAACUAUCACGCUAUCGCCCAGACGGCCAACCUAUUGGCCGAAUGGCUAAUAAUGACCGAUUUGAAGAUAUCCGAAGUCCAAUCACUGGUUGAAGAUCAUCUGAAACAUAUGAUUAUCAAACAUUUUGAUCCGAAAAAGGCGGACACUAUUUUCGAAACUACGGGUACACCUCAAUGGUUAACCGAAAUGAUUGAACACCAAACGUGGCGAUCGUUGAUCUAUAAGUUGGCCGAAGAUUAUCCCGAUUGUCUGAUGUUGACGUUUACGGUUAAACUGAUAUCUGAUGCCGGAUUUCAAGGAGAGAUUACAUCCAUAUCGACUGCCAGCCAACAGUUGGAAGUAUUUUCAAGAAUAUUGAAGACAUCGACUAAUAAUUUCUUGGAAAAAGGCGAAGAAACGUUGGACACGAAUAUUAAUGAAUUUAUUAAAAUGGUUUGUCACGGCGAACAUACAUUUCUCUACUCCCAGGCCAUGAUGAACGUACUGUCACAGGAGGCUAAAGGUGGCCAAAGUAUUAAACGACUGUCGCAGGAGAUAUCUAACUGUGCAUCAAAACACGGACACGACGCUACACCUAUACUACUGUCACUGAACGGUGCAUCGGCUCAUCCGCGUGUCAGCCAAGCACUGACUGCUAUGCUGUCGAAGAAUGCCUUGAAUCCGGCCGACAUAACUGUCCUCUACAAGUCAUAUCAGGCCCAAGAUUCGCCGCCACCAGUCGAACUGCUUAGAGUACCUCAGCUACUGGAGCUACUGUUGGACGCCCUAUUUAAACCCCAAUGCAAACUACAUCCGGAACACAAACCCAAGUAUAUCUAUUUGUUGGCCUACGGAGCCUCAGUCUACGAGACCUAUACGGGCGGUAAGAAAUCUGUUCGGCGAACACUGAAUCGCGACGAACUCAAAGGUACCGUUCAGGCCAUUGAAAAAGUGUCGACAAUUUGUACGGAAAACAAAGGUUCAUCAGAGUUGUUACCGGAACUGAACUCACUGUUCCAGUGUAUACGUUAUCCAGUGUGCGGUCUCGGCUUAUGUCAAUGGGUCAGGAAUGUUGUGUCGGAACGGACCUACUUUCAGCUCAGCACUGAACACACGCCAUUGCAUUUGGCACUGUUAGAUGAGGUGACGACAUGCCAUACGACACUACACUCCCGGGUACUCGAUCUUUAUAUACAGAUCUUCGAAGAACAACAAGAAGAACUUGAAGUAUUGGCCCAAUUGGAGGUCAAGAAGAUGCUAUUGGAUCGUAUGGUACAUCUGUUGUCACGCGGGUGUGUCGUACCCGUCAUAAACUAUAUUAAACAGUGUAUCGAUAGGGGAGAGACCGAUAUGUCGCUGAUCCGCUAUUUUGUGUGCGAAGUAUUGGAUGUAAUAACACCGCCAUUCAGUACAGAGUUUGUCCAAUUGUUUUAUCCAGUUGUCAACAAUACCGAUGUUACCGGUAGUCUCAGGUCGGACACUGAACAACAACUUGUACAACAGUUUCUCACUCAUUGUCGACAAAAUUACAAGUCGUUUGUCUAAAAAAAUAAUAAUAAUAAAACACUCAUAAAAUUUUGAAAUUAUUUUUUCAUAUUCAUUGUAAAUAUUUUUUCAUUUAAAUAACUGAUAUUUUUUUGGAGUUGUUUUUAUUAAAUAAUAAAUUAUAU